UGCGGAGGCGAGUGUAUCAUAGCAGAGGCCCCAACUAUGUGUGGCACAUCGACGGAUACGAUAAGCUUAAGCCAUUUGGAAUUGCAAUAAGUGGAUGUAUUGACGGCUUCUCAAGGAGCGUUAUAUGGCUUGAAGCUUACAAGACAAAUAAUGACCCCAGAGUGAUUGCUGGUUACUACAUGGAUGCCGUGAUUCAACAUGGUGGAUGCCCUGAUCGAGUGAGAUUAGAUUUAGGAACAGAAAACGUCCAUGUGGCCCAGAUGCAAAGGUUUUUACAUUUUUCAGACAGUGAUUCAGAAACUGAUCAUGUCACUUUUGGAGCAAGUACAGGAAAUCAGCGUGUUGAAAGAUGGUGGCUAAUCUUACGAAGUCAGUGUGUCCAGUACUGGAUCGACCUGUUUGACAAACUAAGAGAGGAUGGACACUUCUCAGACUCGUUCUUGGACAAAUCAUUGGUCCAGUUCUGCUUUCUUCACAUUAUACAGGAGGAAUUAAACGAAGUUGCUUUGGCUUGGAACGACCACAGAAUACGCCCAGUCCACAACUCCCGCAGUCCUCAUGGUCGACCGUCUUUUAUGUAUGCCCUCUCAGACAUCUAUGGAGCGAGAGACUGUCUCCAGCAUGUCAAUAUGGAGAAAGUUGAAGCCUGCCUUGAAGAAUGUGUGUUCAAAGACUUUCCAUGUGAUGAGGAUGUCUUUCAUCUCUGUGUAGAACUGAUGGCUGAACAUGCUCUGGGCUUCACAAAUGAUGUGUUUGAUACAGUGGAUCUGUAUGUACAACUAAGGCAGCUCAUGCUUGCUCAGUUGGAGACAUUGCCUUAAAGGUUAUACCUAUUUAUGCAUUUGACAGAGCUGUUGAAAGCACAUGUCCUUUAACCUUUGUGCUUCCUUAGGAACAGUUAGUCC